UAACUUCGCUGCAGUAACUUCUUUCUUUUUUACACAUCAUUUUGCACAUCGUUUUGUGUAUACAUAUACAUCUUGAUGUAGUAAUUUGGUGAAAUAUUCUGACUUUCACUGUGUGAUAGAAAAAAAACUUAUUGUCACAAAGUGCCGUUUAUGUGAAGUUCCAGACCGCGAGAUUUAUAUGACGAAUAUUGCGUCUUUGUUUCUUAUCCUUGAUCUUGUUUUUCUCCUCAGAAUUCGCGAAGGACAACGUAUAUAGAUACACGUAUUGAAUAUAUCAUCGCGCUCUCUUGCAUCUCAAGACGGAAUUGCUCCAAGUGGCGACGCGAUCGCGCCGGUAAUAAUUAGCACGAGGUGCGUGUGCUACAUCACGAGACUUUUUAGGGGGGAAUUGAUUAUAUAUAGUAGAGGAAUCGUCUUGAUUCAUCAUCAACUCUUGUUUUAACAAGCGUUAAGGUAAUCUACAGUUUCAAUCGAGUCUCAACUGUGCAUCCAACGUCACUGAUACAAGCCUUCAACAUGGGAGUUGAACGAAAGAUGUCAGAAAAAAGUCCGGAAAUGAGAGAAACUGCCGCAAGGAUUUGUCGAGAUUACUUGCAUGGUGUUUGGAAGCACGUUACAGCAGAAAAUAUUGUACUGAAACGUAUUAGUGGUGGUCUUAGUAACUGGUUAUACAACGUUGAGCUUCCGGAAGGAGCAGUUCCAAUUAGAGGAGAACCUCGUCAGGUUCUGAUACGUCUAUAUGGGCAGAUACACGGAGAGAGAGCCUUGGAGGGGUUGAUUACAGAAUCUGUUAUAUUCACGUUACUUUCGGAAAGGAGAUUGGGUCCUAAGUUGCAUGGAGUGUUUCCAGGUGGUCGUAUAGAAGAGUAUAUUCCUGCCCGGCCUUUGCUCACGAAAGAACUGGCAGAUCCGAUACUGAGUUCGCUCAUUGCACAGAAAAUGGGACAAAUACACAUGAUGCAGAUACCAAUCAGCAAAGAACCUUCGUGGAUAUGGGACACAAUGAACAAUUGGCUUAACACGGCGACAGACAUCCUCGAAAACACCGAGGACAUCGAUGCUCGGCAUCUGGAGAACAUUCGCAUAAUAAAACGCAUAGACUUGGAACGUGAAAUCAAAUGGUUUAGGUCAUUCGUAACGCAACAAAAAUAUCCGGUCACAUUUUGCCACAACGACAUGCAAGAGGGCAAUAUACUUCUGCGUCAAAAUACGCGAAAGCCUGAAUUGGUACUCAUCGACUUCGAGUAUUGUUCCUACAAUUAUCGAGGAUUCGAUAUCGCCAAUCAUUUCAUGGAAUGGCAAUACGAUUACACGACACCAGAAUAUCCUUUCUUUCACGAACAUCCUGCAAGUGGUCCUACAAAGGAGCAGAAGCUUGACUUCAUAAGAACGUACCUGAAAACGGUGGGAAAGGAAGGAUCUGCGGAAGAAGAACGCGUCAUGAUGGAAGUGAGGGUAUUUUCACUAGCUAGUCACUUAUUUUGGGGCCUCUGGAGUAUCGUGAAUGCAAAACUAUCACAAAUUCCGUUUGGUUAUUGGGAUUACGCUGUCUGUAGAUUAAAGAACUAUAUGGACUUGAAAGAGAAAAUUCUAGUCUAUAGACCAUUAGAUUUGCACAAUAUCAAAAAAUUGAAAGAUAUAGAUUGAAAGAAUAAGGUGAUCCGCCAUUGUGAAAAUGGGGGAAGAAAAUGCAUUUGCAAUUUACUAAUAUCUCGCUACAUAAGUAGACAGCUUUACUUCUUUGAUGUUCCAACGAUAUUAUUAAGUUUUAAUAAGCAGCGAGGGAAAGAGAGGAGAGAGAAAAAAGCAAUCAUUUAACAAAAUUAUUCACAAAAGGGGAUUUUGCUGUUUCUUCGUGUAGGAGCAUUAAAGUAAUAUACAUGCAAACAUCAAGAAAUUUUAAUGAAAGGAAAGUCAACUAUGUGAUAUAGAAUAAGCAUGUACUCUUAAAUUUUCAUGACUUUAUUUAAUACCUUGUUAUUCUUUCUUUUGUCUUCUAUCUAAUGAAAUAGAAAAGAUUUAACAAAAACUUGAGGAACGUAUAUAUGUAAUGUAUUUUCACGAAUUUUCAAAUAAAAAUAUUUAAGUUUUUGUUUUUA